AUGAGGAUAUCUUGGGCAGCAACACUGCUGCUCACCCUCCUCCCCACCACCCUCGCUUGGACAAAAGAAGACCACGAGAUUUUCCGUCUCAAAGACGAAGUCCAGUCGUCCGAAGGCCAGAACGCGACUUUCUACACUUUUGUUGGCGUGAAGCCGAGUGCAAGUCAGGAGGACAUAAACAAAGCCUACCGCAAACUCUCACGGACCAUACACCCUGACAAGGCGAGGAGUAACUGGCUCGCGACGUACAAUACGCCUAAAAAGACUACGACGAAAGCUGGAGCGAAGCCGACGACGCAUGUGCAGAAGCACAAGCAGCCGAGUCAAAGCGAGAUCAAGAAGUUUGACAAAGAGGCGAGUGCGAGGUUUGAGAGGUUGAGUUUGGUUGCGAAUAUCUUGCGGGGGCCGGAGAGGGAGCGGUAUGAUUAUUUCUUGAGCAAUGGGUUCCCGACUUGGAGAGGGACGGGGUACUAUUAUGAGCGAUUCAGGCCUGGGCUAGGCACGGUCUUGUUCGGAUUGUUUGUGUUUGUGGGUGGAGGGGUCCAUUAUGCUGCGCUGUACUUGGGAUGGAAGAGGCAGAGGGAGUUUGUGGAGAGGUAUAUCAAGCAUGCGAGACGGAUGGCUUGGGGCGAUGAAGGAGGGAUUGGUGCGAUUCCUGGACUCAGCGGUACUUCGACGCCUACGGGUGGGCAGCAGCAGUCUAUGCAGGAUGGAGACGAGAGCAUGCAGUGGAACAGGAAGCAGAAGCGGGCGAUGGAGAAAGAUCGGAAGAAGGAGUCCAAGGCACCCGUGAAGAGUGCGAGGGCAGCGGACAAGGCGAAGAACGAUGGCAUUAGCACGCCGCAGGAGGCAGAGAUCACUUCCGGUCCUGUGGGAGCGAAGAAACGAACGGUCGCCGAGAAUGGGAAGGUCUUGAUCGUGGACAGCGUCGGGAACGUAUUCCUGGAGGAUGAGACGGAGGAGGGCGAUCGGCAGGAAUUCCUGCUCGACCCCAACGAAGUCCCACAACCACGCCUAAGCGACACCUUCCUCGUCCGCGGCCCCAUCUUCCUCUACAACAUCACCCUCGGCCGAGCGCUGAGCAAACAGACGGCCGAGCACGUGCAGUGGGAAGUCACGGCCGGCGAGGAGCAGGACCAAGACGGCGAUGCGCUGCUCAAAUCCGCUUUACCGCCUAACUCGAACGGCGAGACGAGGAAGCGGAAAGCGAAGGCUAGAUCGUAG